CUCCCUUGCUCAGAGGCAGUAAAUGUGUAACAGCAGCUCCAUCACCGAGUUCCUCCUGCUGGCAUUCGCAAACACACAGGAGCUGCAGCUCCUGCACUUUGCGCUCUUCCUGGGCAUCUACCUGGCUGCCCUCCUUGGAAACGGCCUCAUCCUCACUGCCAUAGCCUGUGACCACCGCCUCCACACCCCCAUGUACUUCUUCCUCCUCAACCUUGCUCUCCUCGACAUAGGCUGCAUCUCCACCACUGUGCCCAAAGCCAUGGCCAAUGCCCUCUGGAACACCAGGGCCAUCUCCUAUCAAGGGUGUGCUGCACAAGUCUUCUUUUUAGUCUUCUUGUUCAGUUCAGAGUAUUUCCUUCUCACUGUCAUGGCCUACGACCGCUACGUUGCCAUCUGCCAGCCCCUGCACUACGGGAGCCUCCUGGGCAGCAGAGCUUGUGCCCAGAUGGCAGCAGCUGCCUGGGGCAGUGGCUUUCUCAAUGCUGUCCUGCACACGGCCAAUACAUUUUCCCUUCCUCUCUGUUGUGGCAAUACCCUCAAGCAGUUCUUCUGUGAAAUUCCCCAGAUCCUCAAGCUCUCCUGCUCAGACUCCUACCUAAGGGAAUCUCAACUUACUACAGCUACUGCUUUUCUGUUAUUGGGGUGUUUUGUUUUCAUUGCUCUGUCCUAUGUGCAGAUCUUCAGGGCCGUGCUGAGGAUCCCCUCACAGCAGGGACGGCACAAAGCCUUUUCAACGUGUCUCCCUCACCUGGCCGUGGUCUCCCUCUUUCUCAGCACAAUUAUUUUUGCCCACCUGAAGCCCCCCUCGAUUUCCUCCCUUUCCCUGGAUCUUGUUCUGGCAUUCCUGUACUUUGUGGUACCUCCAGUAGCGAACCCCUUCAUCUACAGCAUGAGGAACAAGGAGAUCAAGGUUGCCAUGUGGAAAGUGAUGACUGGGUGUUUUUCUUGA